AUGGCAACCGAGACCCAAGCACAUGUGCCCAACACAAUUAGUGCUGGAGAAGACUUGCACAAAUUUGCACAUGUGAUUGCGGCGGCUUUCUCCAACGAUGCUCUCAACCGAUACCUGUUCUUGGGUCGAGAGUCACAGCCAGACCACCCCAAACUCGAGCAUUUCGACCACCGUGUUCAAUACUGGCUCACUCAUAUAAAAUCCCGGUUUGAGGGCGGGGGGAUACUGAUUCAAACCUAUGACUGGGCUGGAGUGGCGUUGUGGCUUCCUCCUGGGGUCGAGAAGCCCGUGAAUAGCGCCGGCCCCAUUUCUGAAGGGGCUGCUGAGUACAGACAGAAGUUCGACGCGCUCAAGAAGAAGUAUCUGGGUGAUCGGACUUACUGGUAUCUCAAUCUAAUUGCACGGGCUCCCACCAGGCUGGAAAAAGGCGCUAUUCGGAAUCUAGUGGAUCCUUUCCUCAAAAAGGCCCCAGAACAGGACAUCCCUGUCUGGCUAGAAGCGACUAAUCAGCAUGCAAGGGAAGUUUACAGCCAUUUGGGAUUUCGGACGGUCGAGGAAGUGAGAAUCGGCGAGGGAAUUGUCAAUGCCGAUGGAUGGGCACAGCCGAACGGCGAAGGUGUGCUAACGUACGGAAUGGUUGCGGGACUAUAA